CAACGUCCAACAACAACCCAGCAUACACUGCGUUACGGUCUUCCGGUGAGAGAGGACACAGAAACAGUCCAAGAUGAACGUGGUACUUCAGGCGUUUGGAAAUUGCUCCCAAGGAUGAACCAGACUUGUGGAGGUCUACAAUAUAUUUUCUGAGGUCUUUGCUGAUUUCUGUUGCUUGUCCCAUGAUGUCAAGCAAAAAUGCAUAGAGUUUGAAGUGUUGACAUAGUGAGACCGCCAGCUAGCCAGCAUGUCUGACGUUAUUGAGGAGAAGAUAAAGAACUACAGGACAGCUCCCUUCGAUGCCCGCUUCCCCAACACCAAUCAGACCCGCAACUGCUUCCAGAACUAUCUGGACUUCCACAGGUGCAACAAAGCUUUGUCAGACAAAGGCCAGGAGGUGGCUCCCUGUGACUGGUACCAGAGGGUCUACAAGAGUAUCUGUCCCAUGAGCUGGGUUGCCAAGUGGGACGACCAGAUAGAGGCCGGAAGCUUUCCCGGCAAGAUCUAAAAUGGUUGACCUCAGGACUUUCUGUUAGCCACACCUUCAACUUUGACCCCUGAAGCAUGCCUAAGGACAUGUGUUGACCACGUACCACACCAUUCUAAAUGUUAUUAACAGUGUUACUAAUGAAACAAACACUUAAUAAAAAUACGCACUAGUUUUGAA